AUGGACCCAAAUUAUCAUGUUACUCUUGUUCAAUACCAAGGCUUCUGGAUACCAAGUCUUUUUGUCCAAGGAAACCUGUUAAUUCAUGACCACUUCAAGCCUCGACCAACAGCUAUCAUCUUGUCAACAUCCCCUAAAUGUGGCACAACAUGGCUAAGAGCCUUCGUUGAAGGACACAUUCACGAAGGUAGCUCCACUUCCUUCAUUGAAGGGAUUCCGUUGCCUCGAUUCCUUUCAACUUACCUUCCUUUCUCUUUGUUCCCAAAGUCCAUGACGUCCCAAGAUGCAUCUGCUUACCGUUUCGUUUACAUCUGCCAUGACCAAGACGUGCCUGUUUCAAAGUGGCAUUUCACGACAAGGUUGAGACGCAAAGAACUGCCACCGGUUUCACUGGAAGAAGCCUUUGACUUGUUUCAUAAAGUGGUUUCGGAGUUUGGACCCUUUUGGGAUCACGCCUUGGGGUAUUGGAAAGCUAGUUUGGAGUCACCAAAGAAGGUGUUGUUCUUGAAAUUUGAGGAUGUGAAGAAGGAGCCUUUGGUUAAUGUCAGGAAAUUGGCAGACUUCUUAGGGGUCCCCUUUUCAGCAAAUGAGGAAAACAAAGGUGUUGUGCAAGAAAUUGUGAGAUUGUGUGAUUUUAAGAAUUUGAGCAAUCUGGAUGUGAAUAAAAAUGUCGACGAACCAAGAAGUCGGACCUAUCGUAUCAGCAAUCCUGCCUUUUUCAGGAAAGGUCGAGUUGGAGAUUGGAGGAAUCAUUUGACACCUGACAUGGCAGAAAUUUUGGAUCAGAUUACAAAAGAAAAGUUCCAUGAUACCGGAUUGAGCUUUGAUUAA